AAAUAAAAGUCGUGUUACGGAAACAUGAAUUGCGAUACAUAAAAGAAGAGCGAAUCCGUGGAUUUAUCCACAGACUACAGACUAGUGUAUAUUAUAAUAUCCGUAUAACGUCUAUCUGUGACGCAAGAGGGCGAGUAGCGAGACCCACGUAAUGGGGUAUAAAAAGGACGGGGGAAUUUCUGGAUUUUCCAUGGUGGUGAUUUAACGUAUGCGUUGAAUUGAAUAGGUAGAACUAUGUUUGGUUUUAACAUUUGAACAAUGAAAAUGAUGAGGAUUUCUAUCUGACGUGGGCUUAAAUAGCAGAGGAUGCUUCCGUUUUCUCCACUGCGCAUGCACGAGUGUUCUGAACUGUGCAUAUGUAGAGGAACGACAAAGAUUUCUCCAGUGAGAGCUCUCUAAUGAUUGUCACAUACUUUAUAUCUUUGUUAUAGUCUGUCACCCUCCAUUGUUGGUAAUUUUUGAAUUGCACUUGUUAAAUUUUUUAUUGGCUAGUGUAAUCUAGUAUCUCUUUUAUAUCGUAUUAAGCUUUGUUUACACUUAACCAUAACGAUUUACUAAAAAACCUUCCGUGACAAAGAAACAAGAAGAAACACGUUUUUAUAAAAGUACAUCAAGCAAAGAUCAAGCUUUAUGUUUGUGCAAUAAGCAAUACAUUUUGUCCACAAAUAAAAUAUCAAAAAUCAAUUAAAAGACAACAUAUAUCGUUUAAAACGUAAACAAACUUAAACAAACUUUAGAUAUCAAAAAAUAAUAUGCAAGAAGUCACAAAACUGCAGACGUUAUAACAUGAAAAUCAAUUCCAGUGUUGUUUUAAAUUAUUGUGCUUGUGUGAACUAAGCCUUAUCGGCACAUUUUUACGUUUAACUAUCUUGAGAGCAAUUUUAAAAGAAGUUUGUCAACAUAGUAAGAAGUCUGACAGAAAGAAUAGAAACAGCUCUUGUUGACAGCUUGAAGAUUCCAACAUGUUGAAAUUUCUUUAUUAAAACUUCGCAACAAUCUGAGCAGAGGUACUAGCACCACACUAAAAUUGGAAAUCAUGCAGAAAGUUAUACUUCGACACCGUUUAGUAUCACUUCUGAUGUUGAGUUACUUCUACAACAAUAUGGCAAAUUCUUGCCACGAACAUUAUUCAAUCACGUCUGCUAAACAAUACCAUGAGAUCUCAUCUCACAAAGAUGGGGAUUACAUCAUAAAAAGCAUACAAUCCGUUUCGGAUGGUGGGGAUUGCAAACAUGUAACCAUAGACGGUUUGUUGAGAAUUUAUGCUGUGAAGUUCGCCGUGCAAACAAUAAAUGAAGAUAAAAAAAGGUUGAAAAAUGUCAAGCUAGGUUACGAAAUUAAUGAUGCGUGUUUGAGUUUACCAAUUGCAAUGUCGUGGGGGAUAAAUUUAAUAAAUGGCUACAGGCAAAACCAAUGCGUGGCACAAAACAAAGAUAAAUGUUCAUCGACCGACUUGGUGAGUAAACCUCCAAUUGCUGUUGUUGGUGCUUACUAUUCUUUCAACACAUUACCGCUUGCUAGCCUACUUAGCUUGUACAACAUACCUCAAAUAAGUUUUAGUUCAUCGUCACCGUUACUUGAUAAGACAGACUUAUACACGUCUUUUUUUCGCACGAUUCCACCCGAUACCUUCCAAGUGAAAGCAUUAGUCGAUAUUCUUUACAAGUUUAACUGGACAUAUGUCUUUGCUGUCGGUUCCGAUGAUGAUUAUGGAAAACUUGGAAUUUCCAAAUUGAAGAAUGAGUCCUCUGCCCGUGGAAUAUGCAUCACAGGAGACCUAUAUAUUCCUUUUGAAGCAGCCAGAACACGUGCUAUUGCACAGGAUAUAGUAACAAAAAUUGAAAGGGAGCCGAAGGCCAAAGUUGUUGUUAUGUUUAACUACCCAAAGGGAAACGCAGAGUUCGUACUAAAAGCUGCUGACGAACGAAACAUCAGCAGGAUCUGGCUAACUAGCGAAGCUUGGAAUCCUGAGGUUUUUUCCACCGAUAUUUCAACAUAUCAAUUGCAAGGAAUUGUUACUGUGUCAUUAAAAAAUGGCAAACCUUUGUCAGAUUUCGAAGGUUUUAUCAAGGAGACUGUUGCUACACGUACACCCUGCGAUGGCUGGCUUUCACAGUACAUUUUAAACACACAUAGCUGCAACAUCACAACUGUUGAUAACAACACUCUUCGUGGUGUAAGUUGCACUCAACAAGCGUGUAAGGCUUGCUCAGUAUCAACGGAGACUGUCUAUAACGCUAUCCUGAAGGAGAAUCCUAGCCAGAUCAAUAAUUUGAUUGAUGCUGUUGAUGCAAUAGGUUAUGCUUUGGAUGACGUCAUCAACAAAUCUUCCACUUCACCGAUUACACCUGAAGCUUUAACAAACGCUAUGAAAAAAGUUAAUUUUAAAACACGGAGAGAGCAAACCUUCGCCUUUGACGAAAUUGGUAACCCAGCGUACGUUUCAUAUUCCAUCGAGCAGAUCCAAAUUGAUUCUGAAACCAAUAAUGUUGCGUACGUAACCAUAGGUAAUUGGACACAUGGAAAAGGUCUUUCGCUAAAUUAUAGCAGGCUUAGAUGGCCAACAUGGACUAAAAUGCAACCACAGUCGACUUGUAGCACGACUUGCCAACCUGGUGAGUAUGUUGUUGGUAAAAGAGGGUGUUGUUGGGAAUGCAGAAGUUGUGAAGAAAGUACCGUAAGUAAUCAAACGAAUGCUGAAAAAUGCGUGAAAUGUCAAGAUUUCGAACACGCUGUGGCGAAUAAAGAGUGUGUAACAACACCCAUCUUGCACUUGCGUCCAGGAGAGGCCAUUGGCUUAACAACUGCUAUUUUAAGCAUACUAGGUAUUAUUUUAACCGUAGUGUCCAUUAUGGCUUUGUUGCAAAGAUCUGACGUCGUAAAAAAAUCCCCCUUCGCUAUGAUAGUUCCCACAUUCUUGUUGUUGUUGACAACAUUUUCAUAUACUAUAUUACAUCUUGUUCCGCCAAAACCAGGUUUGUGUACUCUACAGAACGCCUAUUUUCAUAUGGUCAUGAUAUUGUAUAGUGCGCUACUCUUAGUGAAAAGUGACUCUGUCGCACGAUUUGUUUCGAAACACGCAACUCAUAAAGAGAACACUCGCAUUACCAGAUUGUUAUUGUUUGCACUUUUAUUAGUUAUCCAAGCAUUUCUAAUCCUUGCCUGGUUACUUACAGAUGGAAAUAACAUUGAGAAGAUUUUUAACAAGAAUGAGUAUUUUCAAAAAUGUGUUAUAAAAUUUACGUGGUUACGAAUUACCGUGUUUGCAUUUCCGUGUAUAAUUUUAUUGAUUGCUUUUAUCCAAAGCAUGUCUGAGCAGCACAACCACCGAAAUCAAGUGGGGAAAUAUAUCUAUUUCACUUGCUUUUCGUUAUGUAUUAUAAAUUCAGGCUAUAUCAUAACAGUAAAUUAUGUCGUUGGUGAGUACCAGGCCAUGGUGACUUUGUUGACUAUAAUUAGUUACGGCUUUGUUUAUUUAACAUGCAUGGUUCUUACGACUUUGUUUAAAGCAAUAACCACUCCCCAAUCAAGACAGCCAGUUGGAAUUUUGAAUAUCGGAUAUGAAACAAAUGCCUCUGAUCACACUGAAAUGAAAAAUCCCGAUACAAGCGAGACUGUUCCGUCAAACAAGAAGCCUAUAACAAAAUUGGAUGAUCGAGUCGACAGAAAUAAUGAUCAAGCACAAACGAAGGAAAACUAAAUGGAAGCAAUUUAUAAAACAAGUAAUAAAUUUGAAAUUAGGAAUUUUAUUUUCGAUUGUAAAAUAAUGAGUGAAUUCUUAACAUUGUUAACCAAAAUAUUGAAGCAACCUCGUU